AUGUCGUUCAGAAAUAUGGGAUUUCUUAGGAUUCACAAAUGGCCUGCACUCAACAAACAGUUUUUUCUGGUUCUAAUUACUGGAAUUUUAGUAGGAUGGCUCAUAGCGCAUCUCUCCAAUUCCAGUAGUAAUCGACAAAGCUUGUUAACUGAUCCUCAUACUAGUACCGAUUUGGAAAAAAUGCAUGGGCCAACCUUUGAUCCAGGUUACCAUAAUGACAAUGAAGAGUUCCAUAACAUGGAGGAUCCAUCGAUUGCUAAUAAGUUGCGUGAGAAUGUUAGAAUAUUAUGUUGGAUUAUGACAGGUCCCAAAAAUCACAAGAAAAAAGCCAGGCAUGUUAAAAAUACAUGGGGUAGGAGAUGCAAUAUUUUAUUAUUUAUGAGUUCAGUAGAAGACAAUUCUCUACCAACCAUCGCUUUACCAGUAAAAGAAGGACGAGAUUACCUUUGGUUAAAAACAAAAGAAGCUUUUAAACAUGUCUAUAAAUAUUAUUUGAAUUCUGCUGAUUGGUUUUUAAAGGCUGAUGAUGAUACAUAUGUGAUAAUAGAAAAUUUAAGGUAUAUGUUGUUACCUCAUAAAACCAGUGAACCAAUAUAUUUUGGAUGUAAAUUUAAACCUUAUGUUAAACAAGGUUAUAUGAGUGGAGGAGCAGGUUAUGCUCUAAGUAGAGAAGCUCUUAAAAGAUUCAUUGAGAUUGGAUUAAACAAUGCUACAAAUUGUUACAAAGGUUUCAAUGGAGAUGAAGAUGUCGAAAUGGGAAAAUGUAUGGAAGCUGUAAACGUUACAGCCGGUGAUUCCAGAGAUUCUUUAGGCAGGGAAAGAUUCUUUCCUUUCGUACCGGAACAUCACUUGAUUCCUGGUCAUGUACCGAAAAAUUUUUGGUUUUGGAAAUUCGUCUACUACGAGCACAAAGAGGGUAUGGAAUGCUGCUCGGAUAAUGCCGUUUCUUUUCAUUAUGUUAGCCCAAACCAAAUGUAUGUUUUAGAGUACCUAAUAUAUCAUUUAAGGCCGUACGGCAUAAACUUUAAUGUAGAAUUGCCGGAUCAAUUAAAGGAAAAAUAUAUUGGUUAUGAACCACCAGAUACGACUACAUAA